CAGGAGUCCAAACAGGAAGUUGAAACGGAGCACGCUUCAGUUUUCGGUCCCCACAUGAUCACACGUUACAGCUGCUGUCAUCAACGUAAAUGCCGUUUAAAGUCUGCAGUUUUGGACUCCGCGUUAAAUCCACUGAUUUCACGAGCGGAGUUUCGCGGGUGCGUCUCGCCGAGCUGAAGACGGCGUCUCAUCGCAGCCAAGCCGGGAACGGUUGAUCAUUUCGGACCCGGUUGUUGACCGAGUCGCCAGGAUGUCGGCAGGCAGGCUGAGCUUCAGUAACAUCACCGCCCUGGCUCCCAUGGUCCGGGUGGGGACUCUGCCCAUGAGGCUGCUGGCUCUGGACUACGGAGCAGAUGUGGUUUACUGCGAGGAGCUGAUUGACAUCAAGAUGGCCCAGUGUCAGAGGGUGGUGAACGAGGUUCUGCAGACGGUGGACUUCGUGGCUCCAGAUGAGCGAGUGAUGUUCAGGACGUGUGAGAGGGAGAAGGAUAGAGUCGUCUUCCAGAUGGGGACUGCCGACCCAGACCGAGCGCUGAUCGUGGCCCGACUUGUGGAGAAGGACGUGGCCGCGGUCGACGUGAAUAUGGGCUGUCCGAAGGAAUACUCCACUAAGGGCGGGAUGGGAGCUGCUCUUUUGUCAGACCCCGACAAGAUCGAAGCGAUCCUCAGGAAGCUCGUCGCAGGCGUCUCCAUCCCAGUGACGUGUAAAAUCCGAAUCCUGCCCUCGUUGGAGGAAACCGUCAGUCUGGUGCGGAGGAUCGAGAGGACCGGCGUCACCGCUGUCGCCGUCCACGGCAGGUUUAAAGACGAGCGUCCCAGACACCCCGUCCACUGCGACUACAUCCAGGCCGCCGCUCAGGCCGUCUCCAUCCCCGUCAUCGCCAACGGAGGAUCUCUGGACCUGGUGAAGACCAACGCCGACGUGGACGAGUUCAAGAAGGCGACCGGCGCCUCGUCCGUCAUGUUGGCUCGCGCCGCCAUGUGGAACGCAUCGGUGUUCAACAGCGGGGGGCCACUUCCUCUGGAGAGGGUCAUGGAGGAAUACCUCAAAUAUGCGAUCCGGUACGAGAACCACGCCUUCAACACAAAGUACUGUCUGUGUCAGAUGCUCCGAGACAAGGUGGAGUCUCCUCUGGGGAAGCAGGUGCAGGCGGCUCAGACCAACGCCGAGAUCAGCGACGCGUACGGGCUGCAGGCGUUCUACCAGCUGACCCAGGAGCAGCUGCAGGCCAGGAGGGACGCCCUGCAGAGCAGCAGCCAGCCCGACAGGCCCGUCCUGGACGGGGACGUCACCACCAUGGCGGUCAGGUUUGAACGGAGGGAGUACCCACCUCAGAUCACUCCUAAGAUGUUCCUGCUGGAGUGGAGCCGCAGAGAGAAACUGGAGCAGCCGCUGUACGAGACGGUGCAGCGCUCUCAGGAUCGAGCCUUCCAGUCGACUGUGACUGUAGCUGACAAGAGCUACAGACCUUCACUGUGGGAGAAGUCGAAGAAAUUCGCGGAGCAAGCGGCCGCCAUCGUCUGCCUGCGAGUUCUGGGGAUACCGGAGGGUCGGAUCGGCGAGGAAGACUCCGGCCUGGUCUGCAAGAGGAAGAGGGAGGGGAAGGCGAACGGCGCCACCACAGAAGAAGAGAGCAGCAAGAAACGACACGUAGCUGAAAUCCGACAGGAAACCUCAGAGUCCCCUGUGGUUGCCAACGGCGACCAUCGUAAACCCCCAGAGCAGCCGUAGAGAUAACGCCGCGUUUGUUUUUUCGACCCUAAAUAUGAACACUACCUUCAGAUAAUCCGCUGCUCGCUUCUGCCUUCACACGUCUUUCAUUUAAAACUGUGGUCCCGUUCAAACUGGGAUCUGCCCAGUACAAACACAGUCUUCCACUGGAUCCGCUGGGAGAGAGUCGGCACCGUUCACCUCUCCUGAUUUUCAUUUUAAAAAUUCAAAACAUUUUUAUUUUUAGUGUCAUGAAAUGUGUGUUUGAAGCAGCGGAGGUGGUGAUGUGGACUCGCAGCCAGCAGGGGGCAGCGCUGCACUCUCAGAUUAAAGAUGUCAUCCUCAGAUGUUUCAGAAAAACAUGUUUGAUUUUUAACCCCGGUGCCUUACAGAGGAACUUUAGUUUCUUUUGUUUGUUUUUUUUAUCCUGAUAUUUGGAUGGGCCUUAAACUCAUCAUUUGUGUCCUGAUUGUGUCUCUGCUGAAGAGGCUGAUGUUGGAUUAAACGAGUUAAACUGUAUUUGUCGUCAUCACCGUUGACUUCAGUAGAUUUAUGGCGCCAAAUGUUUCUAUAAUGUUCAUUUCAUCCUCCUCUGUUUUUUUUAUUUGUUUGCUUUAUUCUUCCAGAUCCUACAGACGGUGUAGGAUUUAUUUUAUUUUAUAUUUUACACAAAUUUAAUGCAAAGACCGAAACUAUCAGUGGGUUCAUCCAUGACCAGAUACAGUCAGUGGAGCUGAUUCAUCACCACGAACUAUUAAAAACUAACAGAGCAGCUGAACCGAUGCGUUCAAGUGACACGUUCCUUCAUCGUGAGAAACAGUUUCCAGUGUAGCAGCUGAUUAAAGGAUGAAUAAUCAUCACCGGGCUUGUCCUUAGUUUUAGGUUUAAUAAGUCUUAAAGUCCUGAACUGAACCUGAGAGAUGGAGACACCCGCCGACUGACGUCAUCACCGGGCUGGCUAAUGGUGCCUUCAUGGGCAGUGGGAAAUAAAGAAUUCACAAUACAGUUGUACUACACUACUGUGUGAAACCGUAUGUUAAAUGCAGUUUUUGAAAUCUCAAAGAGAAUAAAAAUAAAGUAAAUGCUGUUGCA